GAAACGUUGUUCUCAACUCGGGGUGAUUCAAUUAUCACUGGCCUAUCCUCGGUGGGGCAUCGUGUCAAAGAAAAAGUUAGUUACAAAUCAAAUUAGUCAUAAUAAAUUCAUUGAUAUCAUUGUGAACAAGAUUUUUAUAACAAUGGAUUUGAAAGAAGAGGAAGCAGUAGAAGAAAACAACAGGCAGUUAUUUUUGGUUGGUGCUCCUCGUGAUCCUCUAGUUUCCGCAGGCUCCAUAAUUACAAAUGAUGUUACUGCCGAUGAUAUUCAUUCUGGUGAUCUGCAAUCAGCUACCCUGGCUGGACUGAUGGGCACACAAUCUUCGUCUGUUUGCUUCCCUGCAAAAUUCACGUAUGACUUCUCUUCUCCAAGUCCCGGAGGUGAUGAUAGACCAACUCCUGGAAUGGGUAAGCGAAAACAGCGAAGAUAUCGAACAACUUUCACUAAUUUCCAAUUAGAGGAGCUCGAAAGAGCCUUCCAGAAGACUCACUACCCGGAUGUAUUCUUUCGAGAGGAGCUUGCUCUCCGUAUCCAGCUUACAGAGGCCAGAGUUCAAGUCUGGUUCCAGAAUAGGCGAGCUAAAUGGAGAAAACAAGAAAAGCAAUGUAAAGCUGCAACUCAUAUGGCCCCACAUAUCUCAUCGCCAGAUUGCCAGGAGUCUCAGCAACAGCAGCCACAGGACCACUUGCUUCUUGAGACACCGAUGGGUAGUCCACCUCCGAUAUAUCUAGGAAUGGAAUGGGCAGGUUUCUCGCCUUAUGGAAACGCAGCAACACCGUCUCCACUGAUAGUAAAUCACAUGAACAAACCACCAGAAAAUGAAGACAAUCCUUUGCUCGAUCCCGAGUUGUUACAAUUAAAAACUCCGCGAUCAUAAUAACGUGGCCAAAAUUGAUUGUGCGACAGAAACCAAAGCGUAAAGAAAAAUGUUGUGCAAGCUAGUUCAGUAGCGAACAUUUUUGGGUUAACCAACAAGGUAGCAGCGAUUGUUGAUUUAAUUGUAGCGUCAAGUAUAAUAGGAACCGUAAAAACAAUUCGCGAGUUCGUCAAGUAAUUAUACAUACAUAAUUAGCAAACAUUUGAAACUAGGGAAUAUCUAAGGUUUUAAAAAAACAUCCUUUCCAUUGUGUAAUAUUAGGAUAACAUUUACUAAUUCAAUUAGUGUUAUAAGCAACGUGUGAUUUGACUUAUUAAAUACAGUGAGAAAUUUUCUUUGUAA